AUGAGCAAUUUAAGCAGUGAAGAUGAAGACUUGUCAAAGACAAAAGUUGUACAAACUCAAGUUUCAACAGACUCCAGCGACUAUGAAGAAGGUUUUGAUUCUUCAAAACUCUCCCCCGAGGCAAAGGGAGGAGAUAAAGAUAGCCAAAUGGCUACUCAACAGCCUUUGCCUCGAAGAAAGCGAUUUAUUCCAAAAUACGACGUAGAAGGCGUGUACAAAGUGGCUCUGGGGGAAGAUACGCAAAUUCAAGUAGAAAUGGUAAUUGGUACGCAUGUUAACGCUCAGUUUCCAUGGAAAGCUGUAAGUAAAGUGAAAAUUAUGGAAACCAUAGAUGUAGGAGGAGAAUUAUCAGAAUUCUUUGCAUUAAAAGCGCAGAUAGAGGUGUACCCGGAUAAUGAUAUUUUAAUGGGGUAUAUAGUUGACGAAUCAAAAGACGUUGACGAAUUUUAUAUUUGUUGCACUAAUGAAGCCAGAGAUCAUUGUAAGCAACAAUCAGACAGAUUUAUAAAACGACAAGAGAAGAAAUUAGAAAAAGCUGUCCAGAAAAAACCGAGACCUUGGAAGAGUUUAGGAAGUGAAAUUGAAAUUAAGGAGUUAAUACCGAUCAAUUCUCGGCCUUUAAUGGAGAUGGAAAUACGUGUUAAAUUUCCGAAGUAUUAUGAACCAAAACAUCUUAAAGUAAGGGACACAAAUGCAAGUCGUGAUGGUUACAUAGAGCUGACACCUUAUAGACAAAAAUUUAAUAAUGUUUUUCGGCGCAGAGUAGAUUGUGGGUCACAAGCUGCACCUCCAACUAUGCACAGUUAUGCUCAGACUGUUCUCAAGUAUCCGCAAAAUAUGUGGACUCAAUCAAUAGCAGAUGCUCUUGGCAAAGUAGAUGAUAAAGAGGCUGGAGGCGAUACCGGAAUUGAAAAUGUAGAGAUGACAGAAGAUAAGGGACCUGGCAGUUCAGAUGAGGAAGAGGAAGAAGUUGAAGGAACCACAGAUGAGGUAGGGCUACAAGCAUAUAAAAAUGCUCUUUUAAGAAUGAGACGACCAUCCUAUAUUAAGAAAAUAAAUAAUUUCAUGACCACAAUAAAUAACGAAAUUAUUUCUAUGGUCGAACUCAAUACAGUAAUGGAUAUGUAUUGUAACGACUAUCCAAAAUUAAUGUCAGAACAAGCAGUUGAUGUUUAUGAUACUAUGACAUUCGAAGAAUACGUUUGUUUUACUGACGUCAGAGCUAAAGAUAAGUACGUUUCAUGUGCUGUGUUCCAUCCUAUGUGGUCUGGAAUAGUCGCUAUUGGCUAUUCUGAUGGAUCUCCUACAGUGAUAAAAACGGUUAGUUCUAGAGCCGAUCCGAUACAAAGAGCAGUGUACGGACUGAACCCAGUGUUAAUAUGGAGUCAUAUUGAUAGUUUAAUACCCAAGCUCUUUCUAGAAUCUCCGAGAGAAGUUAAAGUACUGUCAUUUUGUCCCUUUAAUGAGAAUAUUUUAAUUGGAGGGUGCAUAAACGGACAAAUAAUAUUAUGGGAUUUAACUAAUAAACUGGAAAAUGUGGAAAGAAUGGAAGUAUUAAGCGAAAAAAGGGAAAAAUACAGAAUAGCAAUGAAUGCACACAUGGGUUGGAUGAAAAACGUGCAGGAUAAUGCUGUAGUACAACCUACUGCAUUGAGUAAUCUGAUCACCAGUCAUUAUGGUCCUAUUACCUCAAUUAAUUGGCUGUCACCAAAUUUCACUGUGACACCAACUGGCAAAUCCAUUUUUAACAAUGAUAAGAAAAAAUCCUUAAUGUUUUUCAGUGGAUCAGAUGAUGGUGUCAUAUUAAUUUGGAAUUUAUCCGUAGAAAAUGUGACUCAAUUUGAAGGGAAGAAAGUUAAAAAGUCAAAAAGAGUUCCUAAAAGACCAUCUGGUCUCCUUGUCGAUGUGUCUGAUUAUAAGGUAUUAGAUCGUGUUUUGCAACCUUGUUAUAAAAUAGUUUUAGGCGCCGCCGGGCAACCACAAACUUUACCAGUGCAGAGCUUUGGGAUGAAUGCACCAGUAAUAAAAUAUAUUAAUACUCCACGCAAUACUGGAACAGGUAGAAAAUAUUUCACAUCAGAAAUUGUAAAGCAGUGCGAAGCAGACAAUAAUACGAUAUUAUAUUGUGGCUCCCAGCACGGUGAACAUAUUAGAAUAACUUGGGAAGGACACGAAUUCAAUACUGGAGAAGUAGUUAAUUCAGAAUAUGCAGAUAUAAAGUAUAGCUGUUGUAUACACGAUGGUAUCAUAUCUUCGACCCAAAAGAAUCCUUUUAUAAAUCAUAUUACUCUGACAGUCGGUGGUAAGAUAUUAGCGAUUUGGUCUGAUAAAUUAUCUAGUAAACCUUUAACAUGGAAAAAACGACCAUAUCGAUUAACUGCUGGUGUGUGGUCAUUAUACAAACCAAGCCUGUUUUUCGUAACAACGUCAGAGGGUGAUUUGGAGACUUGGGAUUUGUUACUGAGAAGCGAUCAACCUAUAGCUAUUCAAACUUUAUCGGGUAAUAUGCUUACUGGUAUAAGUUUACAUACACUUCCUCUUGCUAAAAAUAUUAUUGGGGUAAGCGACGUAAAUGGGUCGUUCAGGCUAUUUUUAGACCCUCCAAUAUUUAUGAUUGAAAAUCCAAAUUACACGGGUAGAAUGGAGGCGACAAUAAUUCGUGAACUAAAAGUUAUGCAAUCAUUUAUGGCGUGGCAAGAUGAAUGGAUGUUAAAUAAUCCUCAAAUUUUACAAGAGAUGCGUAGAAAAGAGGGUGAACUGUUAGCUCUUAAAGAGGAUGAAAAGCGUAGAGAGAGGGAGGAAGAAGAGAAGAGGUUAGAAGAAGAAGCAGAGGCACGAAGGCAUGAAAAGAUGAAAGUAGUGGGACCAGAAGAAAGAUGGCAGAAAAUCAUUCAAAGACUCAUCGAAAGAACUAUAGCAGUAAAAAAAAGAAUUAAUAGAGCAGAAUUGAUUGAGCAGGAAAAACCUUUAAGAGAAUUAGAAGCUCAGCGCUUAGAAAAAGAGAGAAGAAUGCUAGAAAUUAUGAAGAAGCAAAAAACAAUAUUUAAUGAUACUGUUGCCAUUCUUUUUCCAGAAGCAAUAAAAAAGGAAGAAAAGGUAAAGAAGAGUUUGCUAUCAGACAACAAACAUAAUCUGAAAAAGUCCUACUUAGAAGAAUACACAUAUCUUAAGAAUAGUUCUAUUGCUACAGUUAGAGAAAAUCCGUUUCAAGCGAAGUUUUCAUGGGACUCAACGUUAGUCGAAGGGAAAGAAAGGAGACAGGCGUUGAACGCUCAUGAAGAUUUUAUUAACCUUCAUAAGUUGCGAUUGGAUGAAGAAGGAAAAGCACCACCUCCUCCACCGCCCGUUAUAGUUAAAGAAAUUGAGGCAGAGCCUUCGGAAAAACUAGAUAUCUUUUAA